AAAAAUAAAUCCGACGAAAUAGUGUAUAUUGAUUCGUAUCGAUCUUUUCUAUGCUUUAAUCGUGUUGACCUUCCUAAAUCAGGUCCACCCACUUUUUCUUCCCCCUCUUUCUCGAUAUCUCAACUCAUCAUCUCAUACUAUUACUACGCUUAGUUACCUCCCACCAUUUCUCUCUCUCUCUCUCUCUCUCUCUCUCUCUCUUUCUCUUCAUCUUCAUUAUAGGUUAUCGGUUUCUCUCUCUUUUUGACAGCACGCGACUAAUCAGCGUGCAAAAGCAUCGGAUUCGGUGAAACAUUCGCGGCGCGUUCGCUCGAAAUUUUGUCUCCCCUUAAAUAUCCUAACUGUUAAUCGUCACGUAGACAGCGUUCGAAGAAAAAAGUCAUGAAUUUCUGAGAAAUAAUAUUAAAGAUCAAACGAUUAUAAUAUAUCGUCGUCGUCGUCGUCGUUGUCGUCGUCGUUGUCGUUGUGUAGUCGUCGUUGUCGUCGUUGUUCGACCGAUGUGAAAAAAAAAAAAAAAAAAGAAAAAGAAGGAAAGAAAGGGAGAUAUACGUCAAUGUAUAUAUUCGUUCGUACCGUUAGAACGCAUCAUAAUGGAAAUAACGAUGUUGAACUCUUCCACGCAAAGGAUGUUAUUCUCGACAUUAGUUUUUCUAAUUAUAUUAACAAAUUUCAACGCCAAUGUCAUUGUCAAAGGCAAUUAUUUUGGAACUAAUGCGGAUAAAGACGAUCAGUGUUUUUGCAAGUUAAAGGGGUCGAUUGAUGAUUGUAGCUGUAAUGUUGAUACAGUGGAUUAUUUUAACAAUGUAAAAAUAUAUCCCAGAUUGCAAAGUCUUUUGUUAAAGGAUUACUUUAGAUUUUACAAAGUAAACUUAAAACAAGAAUGUCCUUUUUGGGCUGAUGACAGUAAAUGUGCUAUACGUUAUUGUCAUGUACAACCUUGUCAUGAUGAUGAUAUUCCAGAAGGAUUGAAAGGAGAAAUUCCAAGAAAUUUACAUUUCAAUGAAAGUCCAGCAGAUAAAUAUAAAUUAUCCUUACAAUUGGCAAAUUGUAAUCAAAAUGCGAAAGAUCAUAAUAUGGAAUUGGGUUAUCUAAACACCACUAUUAGUUCAGAAAAUUAUAAAGAAUUUGAACGUUGGCAACAAUAUGAUGAUGCUCAAGAUAAUUUUUGUGUGAAAGAAUCUAGUCCCGGUGAAUAUGUUGAUCUUUUACUUAAUCCUGAACGAUAUACAGGAUAUAAAGGACCAAGCGCGCAUAGAAUAUGGCGAAGUAUUUAUAUGGAAAAUUGUUUUAGACCAAAAAAUUCUCCUCAUAAUUUUAUACAAUCUUCUAAAAUGAAUGGAAUGUGUUUAGAAAAAAGGGUUUUCUAUCGUGUUAUUUCGGGUUUGCAUGCAAGUAUUAAUAUUCAUUUAUGUUCAAAAUAUUUAUUAUCUUCACAAGAUUGUUUAAAUAUUGUAUCAAAUGCAAAAUGGGGCCCUAAUCUAUCAGAAUUACAAAGGCGAUUUUCAUCUGAAACAACUGGUGGUGAAGGACCUAAUUGGUUGAAAAAUUUAUAUUUUAUUUAUUUACUUGAAUUAAGGGCUCUUGCUAAAGCUGCCCCUUAUUUAAAAAGAGAAGAAUAUUAUACUGGUAAUGAUGUUGACGAUAAAGAGACACGUCUGGCUAUAGACGAUGUUCUACAAAUUGUUCAAUCAUUUCCUGAACAUUUUAAUGAAACAGUUAUGUUUUCUGGAGGUAUUCAUGCACAGAUAUUAAAAGAAGAAUUUAGACAACAUUUCAGAAAUAUUUCACGCAUAAUGGAUUGUGUUGGAUGCGAUAAAUGUAAACUAUGGGGUAAAUUGCAAAUACAAGGUUUAGGAACAGCAUUAAAAAUUUUAUUCUCUGGAAAAUUUGAUAAAUGGGAACCGACCCUUCAUAAUUUUACUAGAAAACAAUUCUUCUUAGAAAGAAGCGAAAUCGUAGCUCUUAUUAAUGGAUUUGGAAGAUUAUCAGAAAGUAUAUUUGAAUUGGAUAGAUUUCGACAAAUGAUGAGAUAGCAUAAUAAUAAUUAGGUAAUGAUUUUUCCAACUACUACGGCAAGACACAUCACAAUAUUUAAUUAGCUUUCCAUGGAAAUAAUUAUGUUGUAAGAUUUA